CUCUGGCGAGAAGUUUAACAGAAUGCAAAACAUAAUAAUAAUUGAACAUCGUUUACUAUUUGUAAUUGAAUUUUUAUGUUGUGAUAUACACUGGUGCGAUUUAUUUUUCCGUUUGUGAAAUAAGAAGAGAAUAAGUGCGAUUGAGUUAAGAUGAUUGAAAAUAGACUGCAAUAAUUUGAAAUUAAACUCGUUUAAAUUAAUCGCACCAACAAACCGGAAAUAUACAGAAAUGGAGUAUAAUGCGUUCAACAGUAAACAUUAUCCCGUAAGCAGCUCUUCGGUAGCAGGCGGUAGCUCCGGUUUUUUUCAACCAAGUUCUUCCAGUGGUUUUCUGAAAGUACCGAACACGAACGUAAUACUGAAACAGGAACAUAUACCAUCCGGAUCACAGAGCGGAACUGAUACACCUCCCGUAAACUACAGUCAAAAUGCCCACGUUUAUAACGAACAGCAAUCGUUGCACCUCGACACGAAACCGGUGUAUUAUGCUAAGCCACUGGAUCUGCAGUUAAUACCCAACCAUUAUCUGUCGCACCCGCAGCAAAACUCCGGAGGUCAGCAGUCUACUGCCUUCCACAUGACUCACGACUACCAUCAUGAUCAUUCCAAUGCGUCGUCAGUUAGUUCCGGUGUAGAUCAACAUCGAUCGUACAGCGUUCAGCCCUCGCCAGUUCAUUCCGGUCAGCCAGGAGUUAUUCUCCAGCAUCAUGUUCCCGUGACAGUGCCCCCGAAGCUCAGUUACGGUUGUGAGGUCUGCGCUAGGGCUUUCGAUUCCAAGACAAAACUGGAGAAACACUAUCGGAUCCACAACGAGGAACCGACCUUUGAGUGUAGGAUGUGCGAGAAAAAAUUUCGCAGCCAAAGCACACUGACUUGCCAUGAGAAGGUGCACGGGGAGAAUGGAGUCGAUAACAAUUUUUCCUGUGUGACAUGCGGGAAAGUCUUCAAGUCUGAGGACAAACUACUGAUCCAUAUGCGUUUGCAUACGGGUGAAAAACCGUACCAGUGCAAAAUCUGCUUCAAGUGUUUCAAUCAUCAGUCGAAUUUGAUAGCUCACUCCCGAACACACGAAACGGUCAAGAAAGCCCUCAAAUGUGACCGCUGCAACAAAGUGCUAGACAACGAGCAGCGGUUGGCGAUUCACAUGAGACUGCACACCGGAGAGAAACCGUACAAAUGUUCUUAUUGCGAUAAGAGAUUCAACCACAAAAGCACCGUUUGUACGCACGAAAAAACGGUCCACAUUGCUUCCAAUGCGUACAAGUGCGCCCGGUGUCACAAGACGUUCAACCAGAAGUGUCAGCUGCAGUAUCACGAGAAGCUCCAGGAACCGCACGUCAUCGCGUGCACCAUGUGUGAUAAGGUGUUCUGCUAUCAGGCCAGCCACAAAGAGCACAUGUUCAAGGUGCAUUGCCCACGGUCAAAGAAAUACCGUCCGAUCGGUGCCGUCGAGGGUGAAGGAAGCGGUCGAAACAAGUUCAAAUGUAACGUUUGCGAUCGUAGAUUCUACUACAAGCGGGCAUUGGAGAUGCACAUGGGUGUGCACGAUUCUUCGCUGGACGUCAACGUACUGUACUUUUCGUGCAACUACUGUCCGGAGACUUUCACCGACGAGGAACCGUUGCAGAAACACGAAGCGGAGCACAUAGCCAAUAACACCACUGACUUCUUGGAGAAUCUCAAGUCACUGGAACAAUCGGAAGAUCCGGAAAAUGGACAAGUAGAGGGCAAAUAUCGUUGUCCACUUUGUUUCAGUCGCUUCGAAGAUCUGGCAGGCCUGAAGGAACAUCACAAGUCCCAUCUCUGUUCCAAUCCGGAAGAAUGUGAUAAAUGCAAACCUACGCUUGCUGAAGAAUAUGAUUUCACGAAAAGCACCUACGAUGAGAACGAUGACAACCAAGUGACGCAGUGUCAUCUUUGCGAACGUACUUUACAAACGUUCGAACUAUUUCAGAACCAUUUCCAUUACCACACCUCGCGGGUUCCGUUCUACUGCUAUCACUGUAGGAAGGAGUUCCCCGAUAAAAAGGAGCUAUACGCACACACUAAAACGCACGCUCCAAAAGAUGCCGAGUCCUAUACGUGUGAGAUAUGUGCAAAAGUUUUCUCCACCAAAGGCAACUUCCGGCGGCACCUGAAAUCACACGAAGCCAUUAGAGCUUUUGCAUGUGAUCGAUGCUUCAAGCAGUACGACUACAAGAGUGCACUGGAUAUGCACCUGAAAAAAGCACACGGAAUUGAAUACUCAUGAAGCGCAUCAACAGAGGGAACUAUCGUAGAAAAAAAUGCUUGCAUUCUGAAGCCUUCCGUAGUAUCCAUAGCAAACCAUCUCAAACGCUUCCAGAAUGAUUCCGAUAACUUCCGAUAUUAUCGAUAAGUAAUAAAUAUUAACUUACCAUAUUUGAUUUUGUUUUGCAUUAUAAAGCUUGCUUCAGAUAGAAUUGGAACAAAGACAAUUGCCUGUAUUUCAGUUAUUUACUAUCGAAUUCAAGAGCUUUUUUUAUACAAUUCUUCAUACUUUUAAGAAAAAAUACGGAUAAAAUUAUUCGUCACGGUUUCGAAGGUAUUCUCGAAUUUUUCCUGUAACACGGCUCAUUAGGCGGCGCACACCUUCUUCGUCCAUCGUUUUAGCUAUUUUAUUCCACCAGGUCGUCAUCUGAUUGAUGUCUUUGACAACCUUUCCAUUUGCCUUGAGUCUCCUCUUCAUGAUUGCCCAGUAUUUCUCGAUAGGGCGGAACUGUGGGCAGUUGGGUGGGUUAAGGUUUUUCGGAACAAACUGGAUCCCUUUCUCUGCAUACCAUUCUUGAACGACUUUGCUGUAAUGACAGCUUGCCAAAUCUUGCCAAAACAUUACGGGAUGGUCGUGGGAUCGAAUGCAAAUUUGUCGGCAAAAACCAAUUUGAAUUUGGCUGGAACAUCCCCCAAAGCAGUUGCCAAGUAAAAUUUUUGACCUGGCAUUUGCCCGAAGUCAGCCAUGCCAUAGGUUUCAUCGUCCAUCAGAAGACACCCGUCGAACUUGAUCAGCACCUGGUCAUAAAGUUUCCGAGCAGGAAUUUUGACCGUACUAUUCUGUUUUAUGGUCCAAUUUGUCUGUUUUAUAGCUCGAUACGGUUUGAUUCCUUCCCGGAGUCGAGUUCUCCUCACGGUACUAUGGGCUAAAUCACGGUCCGAUGGAUUAGGAUUCCUCUUAAUCGUCUUCAAAAUCUUACCACGCAGUUUCCGGUCGACAGUUCCACUCCGACGAUUGGCUUGAGGCUUCCGAAUCGUCAUCAAUGUUUCCUUAUACCGUUUGAUUACGCACCAUACGGUAUUUCUGGGCAAUUUCAGCUGUUUAGCUAGCCUAGAUGCAGACCACAAUGGAUUUUCCAAAUAACUGUGCACAAUUUUUUCCCUUCUUUCGGCUUCCAUGUUGAUUGUUUACAAAUUACAGUUGAUUUGCGGAAUGUCAAAAGUCAUAUGUGAAGCUGACAAAAUUCCCGACGCGUGGGUGCCAAGAACUUCCAAAUCCGUUCACCAGGAGCGCCACAAUAUGAGCAAAAGUUUGUUCCAAUUCUAAAUGAAGCAAGCUUUAGGGAAGAAAAGCCCAGAACAAUAAAGCAUUAAGCAUUCAUACUUACUUUAUAAACUAGAGAUACUGAAAAGUCUGGUUGAUUUAAGUCCUUUAUGAAACGCUAUAAAAAUGGUUUAUGUUCUUAUUUUAUAGUGCAGAACCAGAAAAAUGAAGAAAAAAUUAUAUUUGCAUUAUCUUUACAUGUAAGCUUGAGGUAUUUCUUUUAAUAAAACAAAAUAAAAUGGCGCACAUGC